CAUGUGGCCUCGUAAGUGGUGACCAACAUUUUGAAAUAAAAUGUCCCCUCUAUCUCCUGGGCAGAACAAGAAAACAUUCUGGCAGGCAAAACUUUAAGGGACGAGAACAUUCAGAACACCUAACUGCAGUUGGGAGGAUAAUAUUAAAAUUGAUUUUAAGGAAACAGAUUGGGAAGGAGUGGGCUUAGAUUUGGGACUGGUGUGGUCUCUUGUAAACAUAAUAAUGGACCUUCAGAUUCAUUUUCAUGUUCACAAGAGGUCACCACUAGCCAUUAUUGCACAUUAAUAAAAUUUUGUUCCUCUCAAUUUUUAUCACUCGGUGUUAACAUAUGUCAGUCGAUAUCAUUACAUAAAUUCACGCUAAUGAACAUAUGGAGCUUUUAUAGCUGAAUCAUCUUGAAUGUGAUAGAGAUUAAAAUUUUUAUCUGUGCCCUUGAAGUACUAUUUAUAAAACAUGUUACAGAUGAGUAUGGAAUAUGAAACCUAUUAGUCAGUGAAAGAAAAGGAAACAGCAAACUGGUCCAGACUCUUCAUCUAGAAAAGAAGUUUCACAAAAAAAAUUAUUUUCGUAAUUUAACAUACCAGCGUGGACAUUAAAGUGAAUAUGGAUUCUCGUGGUUAUGAGGAAAUCAAUGAACCCUUACAUUUUGUGACACCACUUAGACACAGCAAAAAAUUGUCGCAACUCUUACCAGGUCCCGCUGAAGUUUACAUGAAAAUGGAAAACUGCCAACCAUCCGGUUCCUAUAAGAUUCGGGGUGUCGGAAGGCUGGCAAGAAAGAUGAAGGAAGAAGGCUACCAGCAGUUGGUGUCAUCGUCUGGCGGCAACGCUGGUGUCGCAGCUGCCAUCGCUUCUCGAGCUUUCGACAUUCCCUGUACCGUGUAUGUACCAGAGUCAGCACAGCCAGUAUGCAUAGAACUCAUGAAAGACAAUGGAGCACAAGUCAAGGUGAGGACAGCCAUUUUUUGUCCAACAAGAAAUGCAAUAUAAAUUUUGACGGUUGAUUAUGUGGUGGAAUAGCAAUGAAAGAAACCAUGGAAAAUAUUUAAAAACACGAAAUACAUAGACAUUUUAAGUUCUCACAGUGGUCAAGAUGACAAAUGUGGUCUACUGAAUGAGGUUCAUAUAUGGUCGCAAAUGGGCCUCACACAUUUCUGCCAGCAGACCCUCAGAA